CGGUCCUACGUAUGGCCGAUGCUGCCGGAGAGGUCGCGUAGCCCUGGUGCGCGUGUGUUGGGAUCAGGCAUUCUGUAUUUAGCGCCAUAUCCAGUGUCGAGAGGCUACGCCUGUGGGUUCGUACACCGCUUUGCCUGUAAUUAUUCCUUUUGAUCUGCGGGAAGGAAAGGAAGCAAUCAAGAGCAAGGAUGGCACAAUCAUCCACUGCUCCUGUAUCUGAGAUCAUCCGAAACAAGCAUGCUGCUGACAAUGAUGAGCCAAAGAAAAAAACCAGAGAGGAAUGGAAACAGGCCAAGGAAUUGGAAGAAGCCAGAAAGCUUGGCACGGUGCCCGCCGCCGUCGACGAAGAGGGCAAGGACAUCAAUCCACACAUCCCGCAGUACAUAUCGGCGGCGCCCUGGUACUUCGGCCAGACAGGGCCCACGCUCAAGCAUCAGCGGCCGCAGCCAGAGCGACAGAAAGAGUUCUCGCGGCUGGACGAAUGGUACCACCGUGGCGUCGACUCGUCGCGCGUCGUCACAAAGUUCCGCAAGGGUGCCUGCGAGAAUUGCGGCGCCGUUACGCAUAAGCGCAAGGACUGCAUGGAGCGACCACGCAAGACCGGCGCCAAGUUCACAGGGGCGGCCAUCGCGGCGGACGAGCCGGUCCAGCCGCACCUGGCGCUCGACUUUGACGGCAAGCGAGACCGAUGGAACGGGUACGACCCGUCCGACCACAGCCAGAUCCUGGAGGAGCACCGCAAGAUCGAGGAGGCAAAGCGACAGCUGAAGGCCAACAAGCUGAAGGCGGGCGCAUCCGGCGAGGAGCUGACCGAGCACGACGCCGGCGUCGCCUCAGAGGAGGAUGACGAGAAGUACGCCGAAGGGGUGGACAUGCCCGGCACCAAGGUGGACUCGAAGCAGCGCAUCACCGUGCGCAACCUCCGCAUUCGUGAGGACACGGCCAAGUAUCUGCGCAACCUGGCACUCGAGUCGGCCUACUACGACCCCAAAACGCGCAGCAUGCGCGAAAACCCGUACGAAAACACCGGCAAUAAGGACGUCGACUACCAGGGCGAGAACUUCGUGCGCUUCACUGGCGACACGUCGCGGCACGCGGCCAGCCAGAUGUUCGCUUGGGACGCCCACCAGAGCGGCGUCGACGUGCACGUGCUGGCCGAGCCGACCAAGCUGGAGCAGCUGGAGCAAGAGUAUCGCAAGAAGCGCGCCGAGCUGAAAGGCGCGGCGCGUGGCGGCCUACUGGAGCGCUACGGCGGCGCUGAGCACUUGGACGCGCCGCCCAAGGAGCUGCUGCUGGCGCAGACAGAGCACUACGUCGAGUACUCGCGCCAGGGCAAGAUUGUUAAGGGUGCUGAGAAGGAGGUGAUUCGCAGUCAGUAUGAGGAGGACGUCUACAUCAACAACCACACGGCUGUCUGGGGCAGCUACUGGCGCGACGGACGCUGGGGCUUCAAGUGCUGCCACAGCCUCAUCAAGAACUCGUACUGCACGGGCGAGGCGGGCCGAGCAGUGAACGCGGCCGACCUGCUGACUCUGCCGCCGGCCACGCGGCCCGACGACGAGCCGCCGGAGGAGGGCGUCCUCGAGCCGGCUGAGGAGCCGCCCAGCGACGACGGCGAACGGCAGCGGCGCCGCACCCUGAUAGAGGAGCAUGAGCAGCGGAUGAACAAGAAGCGUGAAAAGAAAAAGAGGAAGAAGAGUAAAAAACAGAAGAAAAAGAAAAGGAGGAAGAAGGAUGAAAGCUCGAGCUCCAGUGACUCUGAGUCGGAAGAAGAUGAAGAAGAGACAAAGAAACGAAAAAGAAAAGAGGCGAUGGCGCGUCAGGAGAAGGCGGAUGCGGCCGCCGACCGGCUGCUGGCAAUGGACGAGAGACGACGGCCCUACAACUCGAUGGCUGCCGAUGUUACGGCGCCCUCCGCCGAAGAGAUGGAGGCCUGGCGCAUGCGCCAGACCCAUCACGACGACCCAAUGGCCGCCUUCGCAUCGAAGCGGUGACUUGACGGCGGCGCGUGAGGCCGAGGCGGCCGGGCGCGGCUGCCGUGACUGGGCUGUAUGAGUCGCGCGCCGCUGGGAGACUGCGGUAUGCUGAUGACCGCUGCCGGGCCGGGCCGGCACACAUCCUUGCCUCGGACGCCGCCGCCGCCGCCGCCGCACCGAGAAAGUCCGCUAGUGGUGUCGGCGGCAAGAGGAUACCGCCUGCAUGGCUCCGUUGGCGGCGGCGAUGGAGCCACUGGCGCCGGGGCGGGGCCGGCCAGACGCCGCCCACCGAGAGCCGGCUCCGUGCAGGGACCGGCUCAUCGCCCCGCUCCGGGGGCGCUGGACGGACUGGCCAGAGUCGUGCCGCUGGCGCCGGGGCGGGGCUGGCGCCGCUGCACGAGCUGAGCUUAGCGCGUCGGGCGGCGGCAGGGCGCGGUCGGCCCGGCCACUGGCGGCCGCCACUCAGUUUGCUGGGCGCGACUGAGCACCGGUUAGUCCGCAUCAUCUCAUGUCAUAACAAGUCAGUGUUUAUCGCGUGCUCACGUGCGGGAUUCUCCCAGCCUCCUGAAGCGUUCCGUACGGCUCUAAAGAGCCGUGGCGUAGAGAUGCUGCAGCAGGAAAUGACCACGAGCUGAAAUAAACUGCGAAGGCCGCGAGUCCAGUGUUUAUCGCUUGGGUACAAAUGAUCUUUGUCAGCUGACAGAUGAAUGUAGGAAAUAACCCUCCUAACGUUCCGCGAAUCGUGCAGGUUUUUGUCAUGCGUUGCAUCAGCAGCUGCAUGUGUUGGGAACCAUGUGAUGUCUGAGUUUUUGGAACGCAGUGACGGGGUUAGCGCACUUCCGAUAAUCGCUCGAAGUAUUUCAAAACCGAACCGUAAUAAACUGUGAUGCCGGUAAGAGCAGCCGUCGCCACAAGUCUGCGUGUAUGCUUUCCAUACGCAAAUCCGGCUGGCUUAGGCGUCUCGCUAAGUGCUUAUCGAUUUCGUCUGUCGCGUUGGCUUUGUUUUGAGCCGGCACUGCAUCGCUCGCGUUGGAGAGUGGCGUAGCCUUGUAAGCCUGGGACAGCUUUCGUUGGUUAAAAUUCCGUCUGAUCGAAUGAUGCGAUAUGAUAGCCGCGCCGGCCGGUGCGAAGCCGUGGUGGCCAGCCCCUGGAGAUUGGCCGGCGAUACCUGGACUUGACUUCCGUGUGGCUGCUUUGAACGCCACCAAUCUCAGCAUCAUAGCAUGUGGUGACGUAGUUGCUUUCGGAGAACGGAAAACACCGUAUUUCACCGUUGCAUGUAAACGCUUUGUGACGUAUGGUUGCAUACUCCGACCUGUGCAGCUUUCGCCGCUGGCUCUUGAUCACCCAUCUGGUAAUAAAUGUGACGUCCGCACA